GUCGCCGCCAUUUUAAAACCAUAUCGAGAGCUGCUGCCUUAUCCACAAACUCCUGCUGCAUCUUCAAUAGUUAAGAUGACAUCUGAAAAGCAGUAUGCAGUGGUAGGCUUCAAUGAUCGUAGUGUGGGUAUCAUCUCCACAACCUGGAUUGAAAAAUCUGAUGAUGAAACCAUAUUGUGCUGGUGGCCACGGAGCAGGCAUACAGUUAGUGCCCAAAAGCAUGAAAAGCCAGACACGACAAACUGGCGAGUGCAUGUCGUAUCAACAACUGAUGAUUUUGACGUUGCAAAACGAAGAUGCUUAGCUGCGGAAGACACUUCAAAUGUCGAAACUGAAGACGAUAUGGGCUAUCCUCGACAACGAAAAAGGAAACCAUGCUUCAAAUAUGAAGAAGAGAAUUCCGAGAAUAACAAACGCAAUCAUCACUCGUCUCAAUCCAAGAAGAAGUGUUCGCCAUCUUCAUAUGAGAAUACAGCUUGAAAAGAAAUAAGUCCUCCGCAAAUACCAUAUUAUUCUGGUAUAUUAAGUGAAUGUAAGGAUUAGUAGUAAAUAACAUUAAAAGUUCUAAAUUGAUAUU